AUGGGUCAUUCUUCACCUGUGAGGGAUCCUCCACUUAAGUCGAAUCUCAAGGCGACUAGAAAUCCUAAUGGUACUAUGGAAACUUCUAAAGUAGACACACCCAUCAAUCUAGGUGAAAAAACGCAAGUCAUACCACCCAGGGUGUUGACUGUCGAGUCUACUCCUAAGCAAACUAAAGUCAUACCACCCAGGGUGUUGACUGCCGUAUCAUUUCAUGAUGAGAUUCGCACUUCAGGCAUCACUGCAAACAUAUCUAUUAUGGACGCAAAUGUCACUAUGGGUGAAGUAGUAUUGAAUACAGCUGCCCCAAGGCAAUCCUUCUCUUGUUGUCUCAUCUACCUUUGA